AUGGAUAUCAUCUUCUCCAUCAUUCUGUCAAAGACAUACUCGGUCCCUGUGCUCUGGUUUCGAGCAGCAAGUAUGGCAUCUCUUGAUGAGCUGUACGAGGUGCUUGUACCGCCUCAUCUGAGCGACUCGGUGCGUGACGUGGGCGUCCUCGGAGGCAUCAGUCAAGCAUACCACCCUCUAACCGAAAUUCCGGCAUAUUUCGUGCAUCCCUGCAGAACCCAUGAAGCUCUCCGAGGGGUCGAUGAUGGCCAAAACCUGCCCGCGGAAGAAUAUCUCCUCGUUUGGUUCGGCAUCAUUGCAGCUGCGGUAGGCCUGUAUGUUCCGAGUAAGCUCAUUUGCGGUCGCAAAUGA